AUGUCACAGGGCGCUCAGGGAGUCACGGUCGUACAUGGCGGCCACGAUGGUGCCACACUCCAGCAUCUGGACCUGCUUAACGUUGACAUUCAGGUCACUAUCAUAGACACCGCCGCUCAUGUCGUCCUACUGCAUGUCUUCGAAAAUAUGAAUCGGGAGAAGUCCGGGAGAGCAAAACUCAUACUGCCUGUUCCAGCGGGCUCUGCUGUCUGCGCCUUCCAAAUGGAGACCUCAGACGGCAAGUUUGUAGUUGGACAGGUGAAAGAGAAGGGCGAGGCAGAGAAUAUAUUCGCGAUGGCUCUCGAGCACGGACAGACGACUGGUGUGGUGAACUGGGCUGGCGAUGACGUGUUUACCAUGUCCCUUGGCAAUAUCUCGGGUAGAACCUCUGUCAUCACAAAGACGACGCUGGUUAUGAACCUUAUGGACGACUCAUCUGCUGACGAAAUACGUCUCCUUCUGCCUGUAGCCAUCGGAGCGCAGCGCUAUGGGCUACCUCUUCCGGAGGCUCGCGAUGCCGCCCACUCGCAGACGUCUACGCGCCUUCGCUUCACUGCAACAGUCCAGACUGGCGGCUACCUACGAAAGCUCUAUAGCCCAAGUCAUGGCGCCAGCAUGAAUGUUCAGUUCUAUCGCAAUCACCGUGGUACCGACUCACGCCACCGAGCGGAGAUCAAGAUGCGUUCGAAGACCUUUCUGGCGUCGGACUUGGUGAUUUGCGCCAAAGCCGAUGGGCUGGACGCACCGCGCUGCUUCGGCGAAUAUGACGCAGACGGUGGUACCGUUGCGCUGCAGCUGAGCUUGGCCCCGAACUUCGAGAUUGCGCGACCGGCCUCUCAGGAGUUCCUAUUCCUUGUCGACUGCAGUGGUAGUAUGGGCCCAGAAGAUCGCAUUGAGACAGCAAAGCGUGCGCUCACCAUUCUACUUCGCAUACUGCCGAACGAAGGCAGUUCAUUCAAUAUCUUUUGUUUUGGUUCCACAUGCGUCAGGAUGUGGAUGGGCAGUAGACCGUAUAACCAAGCGAACGUCGAUGAAGCGAGUGCAUACAUCAGUAACAUCACCGCGGAGCUUGGGGGAACUGAAAUCAACGCUGCGAUGAAAGUAGUGCUCGCGUCGAGGAGCGCAAGUGUGCCGACCAUUAUAUAUGCGUUGACAGAUGGAGAAGUGCACCAAGAAGAGAUAGACGCGACGUGCCAAACGGUUCAGAGCGCGGUGAAAUCGACCGACACGAUUCGAUCCCCUAUUCGUGUGUUCACGCUUGGUAUCGGGCACUCUGUUUCUUCAGCUUUGUGCGAAGGUGUCGCGCGCACUGGACGUGGGGUCGCGCUUUUCGCGGUCGACUCCGACGAGAUCAUAGCAAAGUGUGCCCGCCUUGUUGGCGCAGGGAUACAUCCUACCAUCACGGACAUCGAGGUCGACUGGGGUCUUGGACCCGCGAGCGCGUCUCUGCGGCCACUACCUGUCAUCCAGCAGAGUCCGCCGGAGAUCACGACGUUGUAUCGCAACCAUCGCUUUGUGGUGUACGCCAUCCUGCGGACGUCGCAUAUGCCAAGACAGGUCGUUCUACGCGGAAGGGUACAGAAUGGCGCGGCAGAUCGGAUCGAGGUUCCUGUAUCCGUUCGCACUGCGAAGCGUUUUUCAUCUGCUGCCCACAUCAACAAUAGUAGCGCCUUCUUGCACACACUCGCUGCGCGGGGUCUCAUACGCGAUCUACGCGACGGCAGACUCACGUCCAACCCCGCCGAUGCAGGUACGCCGCACGAUCUGGCACAGAAAGCAGAGAUAGUGCGCCUUGGUGUAGCGUACCAGCUUGUGAGCGAGCAUACGUCGUUCGUGGGUGUUGAUGAGGGAGAGACGGUUCGGAGGAUGCAGCAGCUCUGGCGGGAGCGGAGAAGGGGUCGCCUUCAGACUCGGCCGUCCCGAACUGCAAGCAGUCCGAACGCCACUUCCCUGUCCGCGUUGGCUGGGGCAGCAUUCGAUUGGAUCACCGGUGCAUUCAGCUGGGUGUUGAGUAGCGGUUCGUCGAGCUCGCGUGGUCGUAUGCCCGGUGGUUACAGUACACGCAGUGGAACUCCUGACGCCAGGAGCCGAGCAAGCAGCUCGCAUUCCGAUGACACGCAGCGACAGGAUGGCGCAUCGGAGGAUGGAAGCGUCGUCGACGACGACACGGACGAGUACUCAAGCGACCAUUCCUUCUCGUCCAUCAGCUCGCUGGAGAGUCACUCGACUCUGAAUGUCACCCGUCCCCGACGUCGCUCGUCUCGUGGAGCAGAGCGUCAAGAGCCAACAAGGAUCAGAGAAGGGUCGCCUGAACUACGCCCAGCGUCAAAGACUGAGCACGUUCCUCCUCCACGACCACAGCCGCAGGCAGACGACCUCAGUCUUCUGACCAUGCAGGCGUUUGACGGCUCCUUCGCUCCGAGUGAUGAGCUAUCUCGCAUCCUUGGACGUGAUACAACUGUGGAGGCAGCCGCUCUAGGCGUACUUCCGGUGGUAUGGGCCACGGCGAGGGUACUCGCGUAUCUGGAAGCGAAGUUACAGAACCAGCAAGAACUUCUCGACGUCGUGCGCGACAAGAUCAUGGAUUAUGGAGCGAAGGUAGUAGGGAUGAUCGAGUUUCAGAGGUUAUUGGCAGAGGCAAGGGCCUCACGUUGA